AUGGCGCUAAAAGACAAAGUUGUGUUGAAGAUGGGCGACACGAUCGUCGACGUGCUGAUGGGCCCCGUCUACGUCGAGAGCGUCGUGCGCCAUUACCCGAACCACGCGGUCUUUUCGCCCGCCGACGCCAGCAGCGCCUCGCUUUUCGCCAAGCGCGAGGGGCCGCUGCCGCCGGGGCGGGUUCUUAAGCCGGGGCGCUGUUACCACCUCGUGCGGAAAGCGCAAGGGAAGGGCGGGGUUACGGGCGGAGCGGAGUGCGCGCACGCGGAUGAAGGCGGGACGGCGGGGCGGAAGCCUCCGCGGGAUUUGCGCAAGACGCCUUCCGCCAACGGCAGGAAUGAGCGCAAUUUAUCUCCGCCCUCCGCGCAUCCGCAGUCCGCCGUUCCGCCACUGGUGCACGUGCCCGCGCGGUCCCCGCCCCGCGUCACUAUUUUCGUGAAGCCCCGCCAUCGCGUCAAUCACAGCACCAGCGCCCUCCCCGACGUUUCCCCCGACGCCUCUCCGCCACACGCCCGCACCUCCGCCGCCGCCGCUCCAGCGCCGUUUGCCACAGGUGUGCACUCCCCUGCUCACGCAGAUGGCGGAGCGAGCAGGCGACGCGCGGGAGAGACAGGCGGGAUGGCGCUGAACGGGAAGACGGGGGAGAGCCACGCGGCCCAGGGCGCGGGGCUGGCGGCUUCCCCUGGGCGGCUGAUGGUGCCCGCGCUGCGGCGGUCCAGGCGCGGCAUGCACCGCCCGUGCAAAUCGUUGAGCGGAAGUCCGGAGGAGAUACGGGGACUCGCGGAAGAGGCGGGGGCAGGGGGAGGAGGGGGGGGGGAGGAGGAGGAAGGGGGAGAGAUGCGGGGCGAUGGGAAGGCGGGGGAUAAGGGCGAGCAGGGGUGGGCGGAAGCACUGGUGGAGAGGAUGAGGCAGCUGAGUCCGCUGAGGGGGAGGAGCCCUUUGAGGGGGAGGAGUCCGCAGAGAGGGCGCAGCCCUUUGGGGGGGAGGGCGGAGGGGCAGCGCAGCCCUGACCUGGCACGACCGCCCUGUGCUGUGCCCAGGGGGAGCAGUUUCAGCCCGCCCCGCAUGGCGUUUGACAACGGAGAGCAUGCCUCGCAGUACCCUGAACCCCGCCCCCCCAUGCUGCAUCCCCCCACGCCCGUGCUGUUUCUCACCAGGCCCGCCCACUCGUCCCCUCCGCCUUCCCAGCGCUGCGCCGCCUCCACCACCCCCUCGCAGCACUCUCCCCUCUACGCUGCCGCCCCCUCACACCGCUCUCCUCCUCACGAUGACACACACGGGCGUUACCAGGGGGCCUCCAUGAGCCCUCGCCCUGCGAGCCCUUGCCCUGUGAGCGAUGGGGAAGGAAGGGGAGAGAUGGACACAGAGAUGGACACAGAGAUGGACACAGAGAUGUGGCAUGAUGGCGCUGGGAAUGAGUGGACGAGGCAGGGGCAGCAGGGGCAGCAGGGGCAGCAGGGGCAGCAGGGGCAGCAGGGGCAGCAGGGGCAGCAGGGGCAGCAGGGGCAGCAGGGGCAGCAGGGGCAGCAGGGGCAGCAGGGGCAGCAGCAGGGGGGGCGCAGGGAGGAGGCACGCAGUGAAUUGAAGCGCAAGGCACGCGAUAAGCGAAGUGAGGGUGACAGGGCCAAGCAGGGGAGCAGGGGCCGUGAAGACAGUGGCAGUGAGGGCAGAGGGCGAGAGCGCAGCCCGCUGAGGCGCUUGCUGCACGCUAUAUCUCUCGACGCCACGGGCAGUGAGGGCGACAAUCCCAAGCACGGCAGUGACAGUGAGGGCAGAGGCCAGGAGGGCAGAGGCCAGGAGGGCAGAGGCCAGGAGGGCAGAGGCCAGGAGGGCAGAGGCCAGGAGGGCAGAGGCCAGGAGGGCAGAGGCCAGGAGGGCAGAGGCCAGGAGGGCAGAGGCCAGGAGGGCAGAGGCCAGGAGGGCAGAGGCCAGGAGGGCAGAGGCCAGGAGGGCAGAGGCCAGGAGGGCAGAGGCCAGGAGGGCAGAGGCCAGGAGGGCAGAGGCCAGGAGGGCAGAGGCCAGGAGGGCAGAGGCCAGGAGGGCAGAGGCCAGGAGGGCAGAGGCCAGGAGGGCAGAGGCCAGGACCGCAGCCCACUGAGGCGCCUGCUGCACGCCAUUUCCCUGGACGCCCCCUCCCGCCCUGCCAGAGCCAGGCGCGCCGUGGAUGACAGCCUGGUGGGCCGCAGCAGCAAGGGCAAGUCAGCACAUGGGACACAGGGUGUAGCAGCUGCAACAACGGCAGGGGCAGCGGGCACAGCAGCAGCAGCAGAGGAGGACAUAGAGUGGCAGGCGGCGGUGCAGGCGUUCAGGCGGAGGGUGGAGGUGCUGAACGGGGAGUGCCUGUUCAACUGGUCCACGGUGACAGCGGGCAAGGAGGAGAGGCGCGCCGUGAUGUGGAAACCCGACCUGCCCGACGUGCAGGAGGCGAGUGACGCCGGGUCGUUUGCGGCGCCCAUCACACGGCACAAGCGGACACUGUCCGCUCAGAUCACCAGCUGGCUGAGCUAG